GCGAGCAGAGGCCCCGCUGGCGAGGCCCCGGCCCCGAGUGCCCUCCUGGACCAGCCGGCGGCGCCCCCAACCCGGCCCGGCGGCUGUCCCCAUCCCGGUUCGGUGGGCGCCCAGCACCCGCUUCUCGCGCCUAGAGAAUCGGCUCCGCUUGUUUCCCACCCCUCCGUCCCCGUGCCUGCUGGGGCAGCGUCUCCUGCACACGACCCGAGGGUCCCGCGCUGAGCUGGCGGGGGACCCUAGACGGGACCCUAGACGAGAGAGGGUCCCCCGCGUCCUGGCCGGCCGCCUGCAGCCCCGCGAGCACCCGGACAUGGAAGAGUUCCGGCGCGCCUACAGCCGCCUGUGUCAAGAGCGCGGCGCCGAGCCCCAGGAGGCCGUUCUGCGGCGGCUGCAGGAGCCCCGGAGGGGCCGGCUGGACCUGGCCACCCAGAGCCUGACGGCCGACACCUGCCGGGCCCUAGGCCGGCUACUGCAGAGUCAAACGCUGUUUACCGAGCUGGUGCUGAGCGACUGCAUGCUGAGCGAGGAAGGGGCCAGACUGCUGCUUCAGGGGCUCUGUUCCAACACAGUUGUGCGGCUCCUGGACCUAAAGGGUAAUAAUCUCUGUGGCAUGGGGGCUGAGGUGCUGGGGAAGCUCCUGCGGCAGAACAAGUCUCUUCAGAGCCUCACCCUGGAGUGGAACAACCUGGGCACCUGGGAGGAGGCCUUCGCCACCUUUUGCACAGGCCUGGGGGCCAAUGCCACUCUUCGGCAGCUGGACCUCCGCAACAACCAGGUCAACCACAAAGGAGCUGAGGAGCUGGCCCUGGCCCUGAAGAGUAACUCCAGCCUCCAGCAGCUGGAUCUGCGCUGGAACAACAUCGGCCUCCUGGGGGGCCGGGCCUUGGUGAACUGUCUCCCCAGCAACAGAACUCUGUGGAGGCUGGAGCUGGCCGGGAACAACAUUCCCAGCGAUGUCCUCAGAGCUGUGGAGCAGGCCGUGGAUCACAACCAGGAUCGGCAGGCAGCCUUCCGAGAGAGCCAAGCCCGCACCCACAUGCUCAGCAAGGAGGUACACAGCCUGAGAGAGGAGAAGUCCAAGCAGUUUCUGGAUUUGAUGGAGACCAUCCACAAGCAGCGAGAAGAGAUAGCCCAGAGUAGCAGGACUUCAGCUGCCCGUGUAGGCCAGCUGCAGGAUGCCCUGAAUGAGAGGCAUUCCAUCAUCAACGCUCUCAAGGCCAAGCUGCAGAUGACCGAGGCUGCCCUGGCAUUGUCAGAGGAGAAGGCUCAGGACCUGGGGGAGCGGCUGGCCACUGCAGAGCAGGAGCAGCUGAGUCUGUCGCAGAAGCAGUCCAAGGAGCGGAGGCUGGAGCAGCAGGAAGCCACAGAGCGCGAGUCCAAGCUCCUCAGGGACAUGUCUGCUGCUAGUGAGAAGAACCUGCUGCUGCGGAACCAGGUGGACGAACUUGAGCGGAAGGUGAAGUCCCAGCAGGAGCAGCUGUUCCUAGCCAAGCAGGAGCUGACCAAUACCGCUGCGGAGCUGAAACUGCGGGCUGUACAGGCUGAGGAGCGCCUGGAUGCAGAGAAGAAGAGAUUCAAGCAGAGCCUGGAGGCUUCGGAGCAGCUGCGCAUCAGAGAGGUGGAGCACAUGGCCCGCCACGUGGAGGAGAGCGAGCGGGCCCUGCAGGAGCGGGUGCAGAGGCUGGAGGCUGCAAGGCUAACCCUGGAGGAGGAGCUGAGCCACGUGAAGGCGGCUGCACUCAGCGAGCGAGGGCAGGUGGAGGCAGAGCUUAUUAAGGCCAAGACCCAAGUCCGCCUGGAGGAGCAACAGCGCCUGGCCCACCUGGAGGAGAAGCUACGGCUGCUGGCACAGGCACGGGACGAGGCCCAGAAUGCCUGCCUGCAGCAGAAGCAGGCUGUGGCUGAGGCCCAGGCUAGGGCCAGCCAGCUCAGCCUGCAGGUGGAUGGCCUGCGGCAGCGUUUGGAGGAGCUGCAGCAGGAGCUGAGCAGCAAGGACCAGGAGAAGGUGGUUGAGGUGAACCGGGUGCGGGUAGAGCUGCAGGAGCAGAUCGGGCACCUGCAGGCGGAGCUGACGGCCCAGGACGGGCUGAGGGAGAAGGUAGCUGCCCUGGAGCGCCAGCUGAAAGUGAUCUCAGGUGACCACCGGGAGGCGCUGCUGGACAGAGAGAGCGAGAACGCCUCACUGCGGGAGAAGCUGCGGCUCAAGGAGGUGGAGAUAGCGCGAAUCUGCGAGGAGGAGGCCCAGAGGGCCAGCUUCCUGCAGAACGCCGUCCUGGCUUACGUGCAGGGGGCGCCCCUGCGGGCCCUGAGCCCCCACAAGUGAGAGAGGCCAGGUGGCCCCGGAGAGGCUGAAGCACAGUGCCUUCAGUGUCUGGAGAUAAUAAUAGUGUAGAGAGAAAACUGCCCCUCUUCCCUGGCCUUAAGCAGCGUGUGCGCCAUACAGACAGACAAAUGGACAGCUGAGUCCCUAAAUCAUCAGCGAGGCCUCCUCCCAUCUGCCCAGAUUGAGCUGGGGAACCAACACAUCCGCCACCAGGGUGCCUGCCCCAGGACUGGGUGAUCAGAGCCCUGAGUCCAGAGGGGCCCCUUCCACACCUCGUCCCCACCCCUGGAACCGUGUGCCUUUCGAGGGUGUCUGGUGGAGGGACGGCCUGAGCUAGCUCCCUGCCCGUCUGUAAUCGUUUUUACAAGGUAGUCAAGACCACUGGAGGGCCAGCCGUCUGCAGCCCGGACUUGUGUGACUGUGGUUUAAAAUACAGGACUUUUGCACUUUGUGA